GCGUAAAGCUGGGCUAGUGAUUGAAGCAAAUUUUUUUGGUGCAACCCCCUGCUGUAGUGGGGGUUACAAAACUCUUGAGCUAUUCUACUCAUAAACACAUUGUAAAAAUAAGCCAGAUGGUUUAGUUGCUUAUUUUUACAGCUUUAAUGACCAAAUUGAGUAGCCUCAUGUGAGAAACAUCCUUUAACAGUAGCGUCUACAUGCUUGUGUUCUGACUUGUGUACUGUGUGCUUUCUGGAUAAGUCCUUAAAGAAGAUGAAUGUUUACUGUGCCAUUGUCAUACCCAAAUAAUCAAAAUUAAGAUGUUCCCUUAAAAAAAAAAAAAGCUGGGGAAGCUUAGUAAAUGCUGUGCGUGUUUCUCCAUGUUUGAGAGAGUAAGCUUUUGAAGUUUAUAUAUUUAGACUUUCUUAGCAAGGAGAAAAAGGGGGAAGGAGGGAGAAAUCUGUGAAACUUAAGAUUAGGCUUUGGGGGCUCCAAAUCCAGUGUGUACUUUAUUAAUUUACAGGAACUGGAACCAUGGCAAUUCCUGCGGUUUCCUUGUUUGGAGCAGCUGGAGGAAGUAGAUCCCCAGCUGUCUUUCAUCUGAUGAGUUAAUACUGGUCCAGGUGCUAGAAAUAAUUUUCUGGCUAUAGCUUGUCUGUCACAUAUUUUGCCCUAAUGAAGGGCAGUGCUGUGUCUGAUGGUUCAGUUAUGUCCAGAUCUUCCUGUAGGAAAUCGACUUUAAAGCACGUGUAGGAGAGAUGUGCAUGAACAUGCUGUUUCACAAAUGAAUGCCGCCCCAAAAUGACAGAUUAGCUCCGGUGGGUCUUGUGUGACGUGGGCCUGGGUGACCAGGACGUGGUCCCCGCCACCCUGCCCGAGGACGCUAAUUCCAGCUGCUAAUCUGGUGUGCGAGGCCGAAAAUAACCCAGCGGCGCUGAGCCAGCGAGAAGCUGCUGCCACAACCUGGAAGGAAAUUACUGUCAUCACGAAUAAACUUCCUGGGUUGUUCUGCGGCCUGGGCAGCGCGGAAGAGAAGCGGCAGUGGGAGAGAUGGGCUCGGCCAGCAGCGUGAAUAGCAGGUUCUAGCUGAUGCUCAGGCUUCCUUGUAAUGAUGCCAUCACGGACAAAUCUGACUGCUGGGAUUCCCAGUAGCAAAGUCAAAUAUUCCAAGCUCUCCAGCACUGAUGAUGGAUAUAUUGACCUGCAGUUCAAGAAGAGCCCACCAAAAAUCCCUUACAAGGCAAUUGCACUGGCUAUUGUGCUCUUCAUGAUCGGGACCUUCCUCAUUAUCAUAGGAGCCCUCCUCUUGGCAGGAUACAUUAGCAAAGGCGGAACGGACCGUGCCAUCCCUGUGCUCAUCAUUGGGAUCCUUGUGUUUCUCCCAGGCUUCUACCACCUCCGCAUUGCAUACUACGCUUCCAAAGGCUACCGGGGCUAUUCCUAUGAUGAUAUCCCAGAUUUUGAUGACUGAACAAUGUAUUUAAUUGCAUUAUAAUUAGAUGUCGGUGUGCACUAAAAACUGUUCUGGGCAACCAGAUUAAGGCUUUAGCUGAAUCUGCUGUUGCCUACUGCUUCCAAUUGCUAAUGUAGUCACUCCAAUCAGCAUUAGGCUUUGCUGAGCCAGCAGCUUUGGAACAGCUCCAUCUGCUCUCCAGGACCCUUGGCUGGCUUUGGGGCAGAGCUGGGGAGCUGGGAUUACCCUCCCUAGUGCAGCAAUCCAGAGUGCCCUGGGUGCGGUAGGAAAACGUGCUUCUCCAGAAGGUCAGGAUUUGCAUUUUGAACCUCACGUGCAACCUUUAUUAAAUGUAUAAAGACCCCAGACUUCUAAUUGCUUUGUUUCAGGGUCCAAAUAUCCAGUUCCUUUUGUUGUGCAAUGUAACAGGAGCAGUGUCUGAAUAUGGCUUGUGGGCUGGUACUGAUACUCCAGAAUUGUCAGGUGUGCUUUGUGGACUGAAAAUAUUUUGAAACGAAGAGGGGCAGGUACCACUGUUGGUGCAGAGCAGGCCCGUGGAGAUGUUGAGAUGAGAACAGUGCUGGAUGAAUGCCUUGCUCUGGAAGUACUCUUAAAAUUGCCUUUUCUCCUCCUCCAGUAUUCUAGAUUAAACCCAAAGCCUGAGCCAAGAUCUUUUAACCUACAUCUCUUCCCUUGUUUGACUUAAUUGGCUUGUGUGUGCCCCAGUGUUGCACUCUGAGGAAUAACUGAUUGAAUUCAGGAUCUCCCUUUCCAUCUCUGAAGGCAACAACUAUGCAUGUUCUUUCCUGCUGUGCUGUGUCAUGCCAGCCCUCACCCAUCUCACAUUCCUGACGUUGCUGGCCCCUGGGCUGAUGGCAGCCCUGCUUCCCAGAUGUUGUCACGUACUGCUUGGCAGCAGCUGAAAUGUGUCGAUUAAAGCUAGGUCUGGCCAGGAGAGUGGCUGCUGACGCAAAAAAACAUGAAUCAGCCUCUAUUAGGGGAUAAGAAUGUAGAUUUGUUUGGUUUGGGGGAAAGGAGAGAGGAAGUGGAAGGGAAGUUUAGAUGGAAAAAGAGAAGGGGGAGGGAGAAGAUGCUUUCAAGUGGGGCUGAUAAGAUGCAGAAAAUUGGGAAGCCUGGGUUGACUAAGAAGGACAAGUAAAUGUAGGGGACAGGAGAAAAACAUGCUGACGUUUCUGAACGUAAGGCAAUUAAUUUUUUAUUUGACAGAAGCAAAGUCCUCAGGCAGCACAGUGUAUAAAUAAGAACAGUCCCUGCCCUAGUGCUCGCAGGGCUGUCUGUGUGAGGGAUGGCCACCGGGACGUUUUCCUCUCUACAGGGAUUGUUUUAUAUCUAAUCUGGAAAAAAGGAGACACAUCUGGGAAAGAAAAAAAGGUAUGUUGACUGCUGGAAAAAUGCAGAUCCAGAUGACUUCAUUCUUUGAGUUGACAUACUGCAGUCUAAGCAUGGUUUUCCUCCACAGUAUAAGUCUCUAAAUGUUCAAAUGUCUAUUAAUUGUCUAGCUGUAGUGUAGCUAAUAGCCAGGGUUCAAUUUUCUCUUGCAAAAUAGCAUGCAUUUACAUUUAUUGCAAGAGAUUGGAAAACAUUACUGCGAAUAUCUUGUUUCUCUGAGCCUCGUCCAUACCAUAGCAGUGGUGCUCCUCUAGUGUAGAUUUGAUUGUAAUCAGUGCAGUCAGCUCUUACAUUUGUUAAAGCAUUACAUAAGAAUGACGCUUUCCUCCCAAGUGGGGCUGGUGUUUCGGUGCUUCUGUGCUGAUACAUUACAACAGGAUCUUUUUAAUUUUCCUCCCACUCCUGCCACACUGUGGACCUGCAUGCAUGAUUUGCAUGGCUGGCUUGGCUCCUUUGCU